AUGCGGGGCCGCUUUCCACCGCACCCACCCGCACCCAUAACAGGCCCCACCCCCACUGGGGGGCUGAAAGGGAGAGCAAGACAGGCCCCACCCAUGGCCAAGGGAGGAGAGGAGGGGAAAGGGAAAGCCAGUGCUCCGGACCUGGACGUGCAUGAAAGUAACACUGCGCGUGAGGCCGAGGCGGGCAGGUCUGCUAUGGGAAAAGGGGCAGGGGUAGCGGAGGAGGAGGCCAUGGAAUCAGUUUCCGCAGGAGAGGGAGUCGCGGGGAGCGCAGCUGAGCCGGCUGCAGGGACCGCAGCAGGUGAGGCGGCACAGUUCGCAUCAGGUGGGGCUACAGAGACCGCAGUAGGUGAGGCUGUGGAGACCGCAGCGGGCGGGGCAGCAGGGUCCGCAGCAAGUGAGGUUGUGGGGACCACAACAGGUGAGGCAGUAGGGAUCGCAGCAGGUGAGGUCGCAGGGACCGCAACAGGUGGGGCUGCAGGGACCACAGCAGGGGAUGCGGCAGAGACUGCAGCAGGUGAGGCUGCAGAGAACGCACCAGGUGGGACCGUAGAGACCGCAGCAAGGGAGGCUGCAGGGACCGCGGCAGGUGAGGCUGCAGGGACCACAGCAGGUGGGGCUGCAGGGACCGUGGCAGGUGAGGCUGCAGGGAGCACAGCAGGUGGGGCUGCAGGGACCGUGGCAGGUGAGGCUGCAGGGAGCACAGCAGGUGGGCUGCAGGGAGCAAAUCAGGGGCUGCAGGGACCACAGCAGGGGCGGAAGGUGCCACACUUGGGGCGGGUAUAG